GUUGACAGCAAACAGUUUCUGUGAUUAUUUGGCUGAAGAUUGUUGAGUCAAUUAUCUGCGGACUCAUUCAUUGCACUCUUUGUUUGUGUAGUAUUUCACGUCAUUACAAGACGAGUGUUGAUGACCACAACACCAUCGGGGGUGCUAUGAGACUCACGCCUACCAUCGCUUGAGCCGAAGAUUAUCUCAUUACCGAGCGAUGAAUGAAGAGACGGUCGACACGAACGCCAACUCGACCUCCAAGUCGACGGCUGGGCUGACAUCGGCAUCGGAUCCGCUGGUGACUACAGCUGAGACGGUGUACGAGUUGGGCCGACAGCUGGACUCACCCACGCAUGUGGUGUCCGAGAGGGUGCAGACACUGGCCGCUCAGAUCUACACGGAGUUGCAGCGCAUUAUCAACCGCUGCAAUGAGGACGAGGAGGUGGUGUCCGGACUGAUGCCACUCGUGGUGAACGUGUUGGAGACGCUGGACAUGGCGCUCAUCGAGAACCAACAGUUUCAGGUGGAACUGGAGCUCUGUAAGGAUGACAACGAACAGCUGGUGACCGCUUUCGAGAAGGAGAAGUUGCAUAAGAAGAAAGUGGAACAAAGACUCUUCGAGUUUGAGUUCACCACCGAUGAGGAGAAGCAACACUACCAGCAAAAGAUCGACUCAUUGGCUAAUAUCGUCAAAAUGCUGGAACUGAAGGCCAAGAACUCCGCAGACCAUUCGUUUCGUUUGGAGGAGAAGGAGACGGAGAUGAAGAAGGAGUACAACAAACUGCACGACCGGUACAACGAAGUGCUCCGCAGUCACUGCGAGCUCAUGGAAAGGGUGAAGAUCCUGAUCGGAACCGAUGAGGGCGUGACGUCGCUCACCGCCGGCGCCAACAGUCUCACGAGUUUUAGUUUCAACAAAAUGCAGACUAAGAGAAACGAUUUGGAGGGCAGUGGCGAGGAAAGCAAUUAUAGCGAACAUAUGAGACGCGACUCCAGUAGUCCGACCCCUCGGCAGGCCUGGGCCGACACGGAGAUGUCGCUCGACGACAACCCCCAGUCGAUCAUCGAAGAAGUGGAUGAUAUUCCUCGCGAGCGCGACAGAGAUUACCAGAGUUUGACCGGCCAAUACGUUCAUCCGAGUGAAUACGCGUCCACUGUUACGGAUAACUUCUUCGGAAUGGAGAAAGAGAUCGAGAAUUUGAUUACAGAAAACAAUGAGUUAUUGGCGACAAAGAAUGCCUUAAAUAUAGUGAAAGACGAUUUGAUUGCAAAAGUCGAUGAAUUGCAGAGCGAGCUAACGAUGUGUACCAAUGAAAUACAACAGAGGGAUGCCGUCAAAGAGAGGCUCAAGAGUCGCAUCUCAGCGCUCGAGGAGGAGCUCAAGAAAUGCAAAGACGACUUCGAGGACAUGAAACAGAAAUUGUCGGUUCAGAAGGAGGACGAGGAAGAGAACGUUCCGAUGGCUCAGAGGAAACGGUUCACGAGAGUAGAAAUGGCGAGAGUUCUGAUGGAAAGGAAUCAAUACAAAGAGAGGUUAAUUGAGUUACAAGAAGCCAUUCGGUGGUCGGAACUCAUCAAAGCCACCAAAAGUGAGGGCGAGAAGAAGUCCGCCAUUUGGAAGUUUUUUAGUAAUCUCUUCAGUUCUCCGAGCGCUCCGCCGACCAGAGAGACGGCCGGUAGGGGUCAGGGGAGCGGAUCGCCGGCCGUCCGAUUCAGUUCAGCGAACCCUACGUCUGUGACGCCAGCCUUAGAUGCGAUGCGGAAGAGAGCGCGAGCGCACCAGACGGCCGGCGGCAACGAUCUGCUACUCCUCAUGGACUCGGACCUGAGUAGUGAACGAUCCCGAGCUCUGCGCAGUGUUAGGGCUCACGUGAAUCGCACGGGAAAUGGAGACCGAAUUCAGGCCUACGGUUGGAGUAUUACAGGCGUCGGCGAGUCGGGCAAUCAGUCCGACGAACGCAUGGCGUCCAAUGCAAUCAAAGGCACGUCAGUUCCCGUUCCUAUAUAUUGCCGGCCAUUGAGUGGCGACGACAUCGGAAUGAAGAUAUGGUGCGCCUGUGCUGUGGAUCUGACUGGUGGUGAGGCCGGCUUUCCCAACGAUAAGAGUGACAAAGAGAGCGCUUUAUCACCGGUUGAGUCUAAUAAGCAAAACCCAGAAACCGGUGCUAAAGAGCCGAACACCGCUUUGGCGGACUUGGAGUCGGAGUUGACUCAAGCGAUGAGCGAGCAAUCGAGCCGUUCAGUGGACAGUCACUUAUCGACGUUCGUAUGGAUCUGUAGUGUUAGUCAUUCCAAAAGCAAAGUCACAAUCGUUAACAUCCGGAGCAAUCCGGGAGAGGUUUUGGACUCUUUUAACGUCAAAACGCAUCUCUUAUGCAUUUCAUCCAUUCCUGGCGCUAAAGUCAAUGAUAUGCACGGCUCGGACGGCAUCGACGCCGACGACAACGAGAUUAAAGUAGUGGUGAAACAGGAGUCGCGACGAGAGAGCACUCAAAGCGAUCAUAAACUAUACGAUAGGAAGUCUGAAUCAACCGAAACGAAAGCCUACGAAUCGAAACAAACGGACGACACUUAUAGUCGCGAGGGUCUGACGGCCGACUCGACGGCAAAAGGUCCCACUUUAGACAAACUGUCGGAAUACGUGGCCUAUACGGAGCCCCCGUCGCCCACCAGCACCGCCGAUGACAUCUCGACGUCGAGUAAUGUGUUUCAGCCGAUGUCGACCUGUUUGCCGACGAUGUGGACGGGCGGUCAGAAUGGUAUGCUUUACGUGCACUCGAGUAUCGCUCAGUGGUCUCAUUGUAUUGCGAGUAUAAAGCUCUCGGACUCUGUGCUACAAAUAGUGCACAUUAAGGGCCGGGUAUUCGUGGCCUUAGCUAACGGUCAGUGCUGUGUAUUUGUUCGCUCGACAGUGACAGGGGAAUGGGAUUUCACACAAUAUUACACAAUAGACAUCGGAGUUGUAGCCAAUUCUGCGAUCAAUAGUUCUUCCGAUUCAACAAAUUUAAAGUCUGCGCCCAAUAGUGGCGGACAGUCGACGGCCACAAACCCCACGGCUUUGUAUAGCAUUCGGUGCAUAGAGGCGGCGAAAGACAUGAUUUGGUUGGGGUAUAGGAAUCUGGUGUUUAUACUGAACUCAAGCACUUUAAAAGUCGUCCAUUGGUUCGCCGUUCACCCGCGGAAGGAGACUCAGGUGCGGCAGUUGACUGUCUUGGGGGACGGCGUUUGGGUGAGCCUACGACUGGACUCCACUCUCAAGCUCUACUCGAGCCUUAAGCCGUUCCAACACUUACAAGACGUCGACAUCGAGCCCUACGUCUCGAAGAUGCUGAGCCCUAAGGCGUUCAGUUUCAUCCGGAUUACGGCACUGAGAGCCAGUAAUAACCGCAUUUGGAUCGGAACGGCCAACGGAGUGAUUCUCAGCAUCCCCUGCGGCGCUUCCAAGGAGGCGAACCCCUCGCAGAGUACGACAACUAUCGUGUCGUCGACGGCCAGCGGAAGGCUAUCGAUGUCCACAUUCGUACCCAUUUGUAACCUAACGGCGACUCAGCUCUCAUUUCACGGCCAUAAGGAUGCCGUCAAGUUCUUCGUGUGCACUAAGAACCUGAUCCUGAGUGGCGGCGAAGGCUAUAUCGACUUUAGACUUAAUGGCGACGACGACUCGGCCACCUCCCUGUCCAAAGGCGACAGGUCUCACCUCAUUGUCUGGGAGUUGAGUCCGUAGACACACACACCACACACCGGCAUAGGCUUCCGCUCCCGCACUCUAACAGCUAAAACUUGUACAUCUAAUAUGACAUUCAAUUUUACUCAAUGAUUAUUAUAAUAUUUAUUUUUAUUUUCCAAAUUUUCAUUACCAAAAAAGUAAUUUAUUUCGCAAAACGUAAGGUUAUGAGUAUAUUAUGAGUAUAUAUUUACGUUUUAGUAAUUCUAUCGUUAGUUUUAAGAGUUUUUUUUGUUGACUUGUUUAUCGAUUG